AUGAGCCUGGUGAUGGAAUGCAUGGAAGGUGGUGAGCUGUUCAGCCGAGUUAUGGACCGCGAGGUCUUCCCGGAACGAGACGCAGCGCACACCGCCUGGCAGAUGCUCCUGGCGCUGAAUUACAUUCACAGCCAUGGGAUCGUCCACCGGGACAUCAAGUUGGAGAACUUCAUGUAUGCCCGGAAGGACACGGACCAUCUGAAGUUAAUCGACUUCGGCCUCAGCAAAGUGUGGGAGCCGAACACGAAGAUGGAGGCGAGCUCCGGGACGCUGGGUUACAUCGCGCCGGAGGUGUUGAACAAGACCUACAGCUCCAAGUGCGACUUGUGGUCUCUUGGGGUAAUUGUGUACAUACUCCUUUCUGGCUGCAUGCCCUUCGCAGGAUCAGAGCAACAUCAGAUCGUGUGCAUCAUGUCUGGAAUGUAUGACAUGGAAGAUGAGGAAUGGACGCCCGUUUCUGCUGCAGCCAAAGACUUUGUUCGAAAGCUGUUGGUGGUGGACCCUGCCAAACGAAUGAGUGCCGAUGAGGCUCUUGCGCAUGAGUGGAUUAAGGACAGGGAGCGAAUCCCUUCCGAGAGCUGCCGGGUGGAUCGCUCUGUCGUUGAUGCCCUGAGGAAGUUCGGGGAGGCCUCAAAGUUCAGGCGUGCCUGUAUGUCUCUGAUGGCUUGGUCGUUGACCCAUGAGGAGCGCAAGUCAGUCGUCGAUGCAUUUCUGGAGCUGGACACAUCUCGGAGAGGUACUAUCCGACUUCACGAGAUGCGAGACGUGCUGAGCCACUUUGACAUCACCGACCAGGAGGUCGCAGGGAUCUUCCACGCACUGGACUCCAGCCACUGUGACGAGGUGCACUACAGCGAGUUCCUCGCGGCUAUGGUCUCUUCUCGCAUUGCCAUGCAUGACCAGCUUCUUCGAUCGGCCUUCGCUCGCUUUGAUGUUGAUGGUCGUGGCUUCAUCUCCCGCGAGAGCCUUCAGAAGCUUUUGGGCGACUCCUUCGAAGGCGCUCCCGUCGGGGAGCUGCUUGCCGAGGUGGACCCAGAGCAGCAGGGCAGAGUGUCCUACGAGCAGUUCGUGUCAUACCUUCGCAGCGGCAGCGUGCAGGAAGAUCACAUGCACGUUGUGAACUCCGUUAUCGAUGGUGAACUCAAGCGCACUGGUGGCCCAGUCCAGGACGCCAUGGGCAGUCCACCCAAGCCGAUGAAGCGAAGACGUUGCAAGACAACAGCUGAGACGCCACCUUGA